CGUGGACUUCGGCGGCGGCGGCGGCGGUGGCGGCGGCGGCGGCGGCGGCACAGCGCCGGUAGUGAAGCCGCCGAGGAGGGUCACGCAGCACAAUGCCAGCUCUGCCCCUGGACCAACUCCAGAUCACCCACAAGGACCCGAAGACAGGAAAGCUGAGGACUUCACCAGCGCUGCACCCCGAGCAGAAGGCAGACCGGUAUUUUGUGUUAUACAAACCGCCCCCUAAAGACAACAUUCCCGCCCUAGUGGAGGAGUACCUGGAACGCGCCACCUUCGUAGCCCAUGACCUCGACUGGCUCCUGGCCUUGCCUCACGAUAAAUUCUGGUGCCAGGUUAUCUAUGAUGAGACUGUGCAGAAGUGCCUGGACUCUUACCUGCGCUAUGUCCCCCGAAAGUUUGAUGAAUGGGUGGCGCCAGCCCCUGAGGUUGUUGAGAUGCAGAAGCGCCUGCAUCGAAGUGUUUUUCUCACCUUCCUCCGUAUGUCCACUCACAAGGAAUCCAAAGAUCACUACUUUUCCCCCUCUGCCUUUGGAGAUUUCCUCUACGAACACUACCUGUUUGACAUUCCAAAGAUCCUGGACCUCUGUGUGCUCUUUGGAAAAGGCAACUCACCAUUGCUCCAGAAGAUGAUAGGAAACAUCUUCGCCCAGCAGCCAAGUUACUAUAAUGACUUGAAUGAAACCAUGCCCACCAUCCUUCAGGUCUUCAGCAACAUCCUCCAGCAAUGUGGCCUGCAAGGGGAGGGGGCCAGUACCACCCCCCAGAAGCUCGAGGAGAGAGGCUGGCUGACGCCCAGCCACAUGCCUCUCCUGGAAUUAAAGGACAUUGUUCUCUACCUUUGUGAUACGUGCACUACUCUCUGGGCCUUUCUGGACAUCUUUCCUUUGGCUUGCCAAACCUUCCAGAAACAUGACUUCUGCUACAGAAUAGCUGCCUUUUAUGAAAUAGCAAUUCCUGAACUGGAGUCUGCAAUUAAGAAGAGGAGACUUGAAGAUAGCAAGUUGUUAGGUGACCUCUGGCAAAGGCUGUCCCAUUCCAGGAAGAAACUACUGGAGAUUUUUCACAUUCUCAUGAGCCAGAUCUGCCUUCUCCCUGUCCUUGAAAGCAGCUGUGACAACAUUCAGGGCUUCAUUGAAGAGUUCCUUCAGAUCUUCAGCUCCUUGCUGCAGGAGAGAAGGUUCCUCCGGGACUAUGACGCCCUCUUCCCUGUGGCCGAUGAUGUCAGCUUACUGCAGCAGGCCUCAUCAGUCUUGGACGAGACGCGAACUGCCUACAUCCUGCAGGCAGUCGAAAGUGCGUGGGAAGGGGUCGACCGACAGAAGGCUACCGUUGCCAAAGACCCACUGGCAGCUGCUGAGGAUCCUAAUGGGAUCGUGGUGACAGAGCAGCCGGUCAGUGGCACACCAUCACAUCCACAGAACUCAGAGGGAGAGGAGUGCAUGGGGGCGGCUGCUGCCCUGGGCCCCCCUGUUUGUGGCGUGGAGCUGGACUCCCUCAUCUCUCAAGUGAAGGACCUGCUGCCAGACCUUGGUGAGGGCUUCAUCCUGGCCUGCCUGGAAUACUACAGCCACGACCCGGAGCAGGUGAUCAACAACAUCCUGGAGGAGCGGCUGGCCCCUGCCCUCAGCCAGCUGGACCACAGCCUAGACAGAGAGGUGAAGCCAGACCCCACACCUCUGCUGACAUCUCGUCACAACAUCUUCCAGAAUGAUGAGUUUGACGUGUUCAGCAGGGACUCAGUGGACCUGAGCCGGGUGCACAAGGGCAGGAGGAAGGAGGAGAGCACUCGGAAACUGCUGAACGACAAGCGGGAGGUGGCGGCACAGCGGCAGCGCUACGAGCAGUACAGCGUGGUGGUGGAGGAGGUGCCAGUGCAGCCAGGUGAGAGCCCGUCUUACCGGGGCGACGACUACGAGGACGAGUAUGAUGACACCUACGAUGGCAACCAGGUGGGCGCCAACGACGCCGACUCGGACGAUGAGCUCAUCAGUCGCAGGCCCUUCACCAUCCCUCAGGUGCUGAGAACCAAAGUGCCCAGAGAAGGGCAGGAGGAGGAAGAUGACAAUGAGGAAGAGGCUGAGGAAGAGGCCCCCAAGCCUGACCAUUUUGUGCAGGACCCUGCAGUGCUGCGGGAGAAAGCAGAAGCCAGGCGCAUGGCCUUCCUCGCCAGGAAGGGGUACCGGCAUGACAGCUCUGCAGCAGUGGCUGGCAGCCCUCGGGGCCAUGGGCAGAACCGGGAGACAACCCAGGAACGCAGGAAGAAGGAAGCCAAUAAGGCAACGCGAGCCAACCACAACCGGAGAACCAUGGCCGACCGAAAGAGAAGCAAAGGCAUGAUCCCAUCCUGAGGCCACUAUGCCUGAGCCAGCUGGGAGGCAGCAGCACCAGCUCCUCAGGCCGCAUUACCAUCGCCUGGGGUCUCCUGACCAGUUGGCCCCCUGCCCAGGCCCUAGUUUCUCCUCCAUCCCUCAACAGCCUCAGCUUUGCAGCCCCUGAGAAGGCCGCCUCCUCAUCCACCAGCCAGCCGUGAGCGCCUUCUUACAGAACACACAGUGCCUUAUCCCACAGCAGAGGAACCUGUGGCGCCAGCAAGCAGGCAAAAGGGACAGGAAUAGAGCCCCAAGGCCAGCCCCCCCGCCCGACCUCGUGCAGCAAGAACCCACUCCUUUUACCCUGGACAGCAGGAAACUUGUAUAUUCAAAAACAAAACGCAAAGGCCUGCGAAUAAAGUUUUUGACUCUUGAGCAAUGAUCCAUGAUGUGCAGUGACCCGUCCCCCAUGUCCCAUUCUUCAGUGACAGCUGCCGCCUGGGGAGGAAGAGGUCAAAUGAUCACUGUGCUCUUUUCAUCGACCUUCUGUGAUUGCCUCUCAUGCUAACCCUCCUGAUGUUCCUACUGCAAGUAGGAACCCGUGUGACCUUGAGAAUAUCACCCACUUCUCUGAGCCUCUGGUCCCGGCCUGUGGAGAGAAGCGCUGAGGGGUGUGGCUGUGGUUAUUUCUGUUACUUCAUUCAGUCCCCCGUGACCUCCAUGCUAGGAGGAAGGUAAUGUGUUCAGCCCCAUAGAACAAAUGAGGAAGGUGAGGCACUGAGAGCUGAGAUGUCUGCUCAGGCCACAGCCAGGAAGUGGCAGCGCAGGGACUGGGCACUCAGUCUGACCUCUGAAUCUAGAAGGUCCUGGAUACCCGUAAAUGACGUCCUGUCCAUCUGAGAGUUGGCUGAGGACACCUGCCCAGAGCAGAGCCAGUGUCAGAACUUGGUGCCUCCUGCUUGUGCGCACUCUGCUAAGCCCUUCAAAUAGAAGGGUUGGAGAUGAGAAGAAAUGAGAUGUCACUGGCAAAUCCUGUUGAAGUGAGUGGGACUUAGGUCACUUUCCUCCAGUUCCCCUUCCAGGCGUGGCCAGCUGACUCCUGGCAUGGCAGCAGGAGUCUCCCCCUCCCCCCGCACAGUGGCUGAUUAAUAGUGAAUCCACAGUAGGGCCUUGGCAGGGCUGGCCUGGCGUCCGUCAGAGGAAGCCAGGUCCCUGCCCUGCUAGACCUUGACAAAUCACCCUAGAUGCUAGUGCACUUUAUUUGCACGUGGCUAGGAUGAGCAUCUGAAGCAGUGAGGCAGACAGGCACUUGAUGAAUUGGUUUUCUUAGGUCAUCCCACACAAGUGAAAAUCAAUAGCAAUUCCUCUGUGUCCUGCCAGUUCUUUUGGUGCCUUUGAGAUGCAGAGCAGAUGUGGGGGUGGUGUCCUCUCACACUGCUGAAUUAGCUGAGAUCAGGCCCGGGUUAGCCAUCCUGACAGGCAGCAGGAAGACUCUGUUUCCUCCCAGGGACGUUUGCCUGGAACUAAGCUCAGUGGCAGGGCCCUGGAACAAGGCGGAUGAGUUGGGGAUGCCUGGGCUUUACCUGCCUUACCUGCUACUGUUUUACCGCCUCUCUCAACUACACUUUGUCUUCUGUACCUCCUGCCCUCCAGAGUGGUGUUCAGGCUCCACAAUAGCGUCCUGAAUUAAAGGGUUUGGGAAGACAGAGGUAGUUUCCAAAUAGUCUCUCUUGAGGAACUGUGGACUUUUUCAACCCUUUCAAGUUGCUUUGCAAACAGCUCAGGGGUCAUCCAGAAUGGUGCUGGAAGGCACACCCCAUCCUUUCUUGGGGACUUUACAUCUGUAAGUGUCAGACUAGGUGAAUGGUUUCUAUUUGUGCCAAUCAUAUCCUCUGUGGAAGCCCUGAGAUUUAAGAUGGACUUGCAGAAGUGUUAAUAAGUGAAUUGAACCCUGCCACGUGGUCCCGGCACCCCAACUACUGCUCCUAAGCAAGAAUUUUCUAAGUGCCUUCUCUGUACCCUGGCAGAGAACAUGAACUACAGGCAUUUCCAGGAAGUUUUUAAGACCCGUGUCUCUGGGAGGACUUAAGACUUGACUGUCUUUGUUUCUAGUCCAUGAGUGGCAAUGAUGUUGGAUGGUGUUUGUUUUGAACAGUGCUUCUGUGGCUCUGUGAGGUGGGUGGGGAAGAGCUUGUCACUGUUUAUCAAAGGGGACUCAGGAGCCCAGGGAGGACAAGUAACUUGCCAGAGCCCGGGGCAAGUUAGCAGCAGGGUCUAGAGGCAGAUCUUUUCUGAGUGCCCCCCUUAGACAGCAGGUGCAGUCUAGAAGAAUAAAUGAAUUGAGAAAAACUGCCUGCCUCUUCCACACCAGGUUAAAUAACAGAGAGAGGGAAACAAAAGUGACCUCACCAAAAUGCAGGGGGCGGGGCGCUCUGUAAACCUUCAAAAUGAUGUCAGUGAAGACUUGUAGCACCUUGAAAAACUAAAUAUUCAAGAAUAAUUUUUUAAAGAAUUAAUUUGAAAGCAGAAUACAUAUGGUAAUAUGCCACAGUUGGUGAAAAUGUUUUUUAAAGAUGCGUGCUGACCAAAUCGGGAGGGGAAUGUACAUAAAUGAAAAUGAUGGUGAGAACAUGAAUGAUGGCGGUGGUGAGACCAUGAUGAUUUAUUUGUAAUAAUAAAAGCAUUUCUUGAGCUCUU